GUGCAGGAGACAUUGUUGCAAUCAUGAUUGGCAAUCUUAAAGGAACAAAAAUUCUACAAUCUAUUCAAAGAGGCAUACAAGUAACAAUGGUCAUCGAAGUAGGGAAAAAGCACGGCCCUUGGGUGAAUCACUAUUCAAUUUUCUUUGUUUCUGUAUCCUUUUUUAUUAUUACGGCAGCAACUGUGGGAUAUUUUAUCUUUUACUCUGCUCGAAGACUACGGAAUGCAAGGGCUCAAAGCAGGAAGCAGAGACAACUAAAAGCAGAUGCUAAAAAAGCUAUUGGAAGGCUUCAGCUGCGCACACUGAAACAAGGAGACAAGGAAAUCGGCCCUGAUGGAGAUAGUUGUGCUGUGUGUAUUGAACUAUAUAAGCCAAAUGAUUUGGUGCGCAUCUUAACUUGCAACCAUAUUUUCCAUAAGAUAUGUGUGGACCCAUGGCUGUUAGAACACAGGACUUGCCCCAUGUGCAAAUGUGACAUUCUCAAAGCUUUGGGAAUUGAGGUGGAUGUUGAAGAUGGAUCAAUGUCUUUACAAGUCCCUGUAUCAACUGAUCCAUCCAAUAGUGUAUCUGCCCAUGAAGAGGAUAAUAGCAGUGAGACUGCUUCAUCUGGAUACGCUUCAGUACAGGGAGCAGAUGAACCCCCUCUGGAGGAACAUGUGCAGUCAGCGAAUGAAAAUCUACAGCUGGUAAACCAUGAAGCAAAUUCUGUGGCAGUGGAUGUUGUUCCUCAUGCUGACAACCCAACCUUUGAAGAAGAUGAAACUCCUGAUCAAGAAACUGCUGUUCAAGAAAAUAAAUCAUAAGAUCUGUGUUAACAGAAAACUUGAAAUUUAGUAAUUACAGGACUGCCAAUCAGGACCUAGUUUACUAUUAAUGAACUGGAUAAAUUUAAUAAAAUAAAAAUGAUACUGAAAGUGCUGAGAUGACUAAUAUUAUACUAUAGUUAAAUGGCUUAAAUAUUUAACCUGUUAACUUUUUUUCCAGAAAUACAUUAUAAUGUUUUCACAGGCAAACCUCCUCUGAAUAGUGAUAGCAACAUUUUUAAACAUUCAAGACUGUCUUCAAGUAGUCAUGUUUUUUAUUUAUAACAAUUUUCUUAUAAAAAAAACAUGUUACUUUUAAAAUGUGGAAUAGCUGUAAUCAUUUUAUUUUAUGAUUGUAUCUUAAUUAAAAAUAAUACUACUUUAGCUUGGGCAAUCUGUGUCAGGGUUUUCUCCAGGUGCUUAUAUUGAUCUGGAAUUUUAAUGUAAAAAGCAAUGCAAACUUAGGCUAGUUCUUUAUGAAAUGUCUGUUUAAACUACAUUAAGUUGAUAGAACAAGAUUAAAGCAAAAUAUUUAAAUGUUUUCUUUUUAAAAUUAGGCUAAAUGUAUUUUGCGUGUCAAGCAUAGUUCAUCAGAGAAUAUGGUCUGAAUUGAGUGAUAUAUUAGUGACACCAAUUUGACACAAGAUUAUAGACAAAAAGCUUUCUUACAAAAAUAUUGUAUAACUAUUUCUCAAACUUCUGGGAUUUUCAAAAGCACAGUAUAUAAACUACCAUACUAUUUGGAAAUGGUAGUGACAAACUCAUACAUAACUUGCUAAUUGAUCUUUGUGCAUGAAUUAGUCUAAUAAAAAUGUUCUACAAAAUUAGUCAGUAGACAAUGUUUUCCAAACAAUGUUGACUUCAAAAAUUGAGUUUACAUUUGGCCUAUAUGGGCUAAAAUUACAUUAUGCUAAAACUCUGUCCAUGUAGCUAUAAUUUUGUGAAUGCAUUUUUUUGGUGUUUGAAAAAAAAUGGGGGUGGGAAUUCCAGGUGCCUUAAUAUAAAAUUUGAAGCUUCAUCCACCAAAGUUAAGUAGAGCUAUUUAAAAAUGCACUUUAUUGGUAUUCUGCGUGGCUUGUCCUUUAUUUUAGUUUUGUUUCCAAUGCAAAUGUCAGCAGAAUUUAGACAAAAAUAGAACAGAUAUGUAUUUUUGUUUGCUGAAUGUAGAAUGGGUAAAACCAUUGCAUUCUUACACACUGAUUUGAAAUGCUGUAAAUAUGUCUCAAUUUGUAUUGAUUCUCUUUAAAUAUCAAAUGUAAAUAAAAUAUUCCAAUAAAA